CCUCCCCUUCAGAUCAGCUGACAGACCUCAUUCGCUGCACAAACACUCCCUGUUCAGAUCAGAGCUCAGACUAGUUUCUGUUAUCAGGAAGUGAAACUCAGACAGUCGUUGACACUGAGAGGUGAAAUGGCGCAAAAAGCAGUUCAGCUGGACCGAGAGACUUUCUCUUGUUCCGUCUGUUUGGACCUACUGAAGGAUCCGGUGACUAUUCCCUGUGGACACAGCUACUGCAAGAACUGUAUUCAGUCUUACUGGGAUGAAGAUGAUGAAAAGAAAACCCACAGCUGCCCUCAGUGCAGGCAGAGCUUCACACCGAGGCCUGUCCUGGUGAAAAACACCAUGUUAGCAGCUUUAGUGGAGCAGCUGAAGAAGACUGGACUCCAAGCUGCUGCUGCUGAUCUCUGCUAUGCUGGAGCUGAAGAUGUGGCCUGUGAUGUCUGCACUGGGAGGAAACUGAGAGCAGUUAAGUCCUGUUUAUCCUGUCCAGCCUCUUACUGUGAGAAACACCUCCAGCCUCAUUAUGAAGCAGCUUUUUUAAAGAAACACAAGCUGGUGGAGCCGUCAGAGAAGCUCCAGGAGAACAUCUGCUCUCGUCACGAUGAGGUGAUGAAGAUGUUCUGCCGUACUGAUCAGCAGUGUAUCUGUUAUCUCUGCUCUGUGGACGAACAUAAAGGCCACGACACAGUGUCAGCUGCAGCAGAGAGGACUGAGAGGCAGAGAGAGCUGGAGGGGAGUCGACACAACAUCCAGCAGAGAAUCCAGGACAGAGAGGAAGAUGUGAAGCUGCUUCAACAGGAGGUGGAGGCCAUCAAUGGCUCUGCUGAUAAAGCAGUGGAGCACAGUGAGAAGAUCUUCACCCAGCUGAUCCGUCUCAUGGAGGAAAGACGCUCUGAUGUGAAGCAGCAGGUCAGAUCCCAGCAGGAAACUGAAGUGAGUCGAGUCAAAGAGCUUCAGGAGAAGCUGGAGCAGGAGAUCACUGAGCUGAAGAGGAAAGACGCUGAGCUGAAGAAGCUCUCACACACAGAGGAUCACAACCAGUUUCUACACAACUACCCCUCACUGUCAGCACUCAGUGAGUCUACACACUCAUCCAGCAUCAACAUCCGUCCUCUCAAGUACUUUGAGGAUGUGACAGCAGCUGUGUCAGAGCUCAGAGACAAACUACAGGACGUCCUGAGAGACACAUGGACCAACAUCUCACUGACAGUGAUGAAAGUGGAUGUUUUACUGUCAAACCCACAACCAGAGCCGAAGACCAGAGCUGACUUCUUAAGAUAUUCACGUGAAAUCACACUGGAUCCAAACACAGCAAACACACAGCUGUUGUUAUCUGAGGGGAACAGAAAAGCAACACGCACGAGACAACAACAGUCUUAUUCUGAUCAUCCAGACAGAUUUACUGACAGGCAGCAGGUCCUGAGUAGAGAGAGUCUGACCGGACGUUGUUACUGGGAGGUGGAGAGGAGAAGAGCUGUUCGUGUAGCAGUCGCAUACAAGAAUAUCAGCAGAGCAGGGAGCUCAGAUGAAUGUAUAUUUGGAUACAAUGACAAAUCUUGGGCAUUAAGAUGUGAUAAUAACAGUUAUAACUUUUAUCACAACAACAUCCAAACUCCCGUCUCAGGUCCUCGGUCCUCCAGAGUUGGAGUGUACCUGGAUCACAGUGCAGGUAUUCUGUCCUUCUACAGCGUCUCUGACACCAUGACUCUCCUCCACAGAGUCCAGACCACAUUCACUCAGCCGCUCUAUGCUGGAGUUUGGCUUUUAGAUUGUGACUCCACUGCUGAGUUCAUCAAAUCAGUCAAUCAGUCUGAGUCAAUCAAAUAGACAGAAGUCAUGUCAGAGGAAACUCUACAGCUGAUGUUUUAUUUCAGACGACUGGACAGAAAAUGUCUUAAAUACACAUGUAGGUGUUUAAUUGAGUUCAGAUUGAAAUGUGUGUAUAUUUAAUUAGAUCACCUCAUUUGCAUAUUUAAAGAGUUAUGGCAUGAAACUUAUCAAUAAAUCGACUUCAAUGGAAUGGUUAGAGUAAAUUCUAAACUGUUGGUGCCUUUUUGUAAAUUCAGCAUGAAAUAAAAAACAUUAUAAUGUUUCUGUCCUUGUUAAUUAGUUUGUUGCCCAGUAAAGUCAACAGCAGCAAGGAAGAUGAAUUCCCCUUAUAAAAUCACUCAGUUUAGUGUCUUUAAGUUCGGAAAAAAAUUAUAAAUGCUGUGAAGUGCUGUUUUUGUUAACGAUUUGGGCCUUCUUGUAUAUUCGGAAUAUGUCACAGUCUGGAUUUAGGGGGCAGCAGCAGCAGCAGCAGCAGCAGCCACAUCCGGGUUUCUGCAGUGGAAACAUAGCUGGACGUUCCUGCCUUGAAACAGAGCCGUCCUCAGAGGACGCAGUAAUGAAACGACUGCUUAGAGCACUUUAACAGUGUGUGGAUGCACUUAAACUAACAGCAUGACACACACACACACACACACGCACACACACACACACAAACAUACACACACACGCACACACACACACACACGCACACACACACACACACACACACAGCACAUAACUAUACAUAAUUAUCCCACAGGAACACAUGUGUUGUCAAUCACAUGCCACAAACACCAAAAGUCCAUCUGGGAUCAUGACAUCACCAUCAUCAUCAUCAUCAUCAUCAUCAUCAGGGUAGAAAACAUUGUUCUCUGUAUGAGCAGAUGGUGUUGGGCUCGCUCUCUGCCAAACUUCUCAAUGACUUUCCUCCAUCAAUCGACCACAACAGCAGCAGCAGCAGCAGCAGCAGCAGCAGCAGCAGCAGCAGUGACGCCCUCACUAACCUCCAGCUGGAGGAUGUUUUAGUGUUUUAGAUCAUAUUUGGUCACCGGAUGUGUCAAACGUGAGCGUUGGUGGAGCUGAUCUCAACCGAGUCGACCUUAAAGGAAAUCCAUCUUCCAUUAGUCGUGUCAUGUUGGACGCCGCUGUCAGUGAGUAGAAACUCUACUUUAACACACGGCGGUCCAGACGAUGGUGGAGUUGAGCAGUCUGCUCUGUUACUGAUCAGAGCUGCUGGUGCAAAAUCACAAUUACGGUCCAAAAACAUCUCAGCACUUUAGUAGAUUUAACUGAGGGCUCUGCGGCAUUAAAAUACUAUUGCAGUAAUAUACACAGUCUCUGUGUAUUUCUUCAGAUGUUCAUUUCCAUUCUUCGACACAAUAUUUUUGACCCAAUUCCUCGAUAUCGAUACAUGACGAUGUUGUUUGGGUCACUAAUGGUUCUUUCACAGGAUUUGAACACAAUGAGAUUUUUGAUCAAUAAUCAUCAUUAAUGUGGAUGUAACGUAAUGUGGGGUAAGUGGGUAAAGGCAAGUAUUAGAAAAUGACAUAAUUUUACUGUAAUACAGCUAAUUAAACCAGGAAAACAAUAUAAUGUGUAACCCACAAUCUAAGGAGAUAUCUAGUGUCAUAUCAGGAUAACGAUGAUUUAUCUAUAUUCUGAUGACUGAAAAGGUUGUAUUAUUACCUCAUUAAUGUUGUGAAUGUUCAAAUUCUGAGUGUGAAUUUCUUCUACAAAUGUUGAUCAGAGUCUAUGACAUGAAGCAUAAAAUAAACACUGGAAAAG